UCCGUCUGCGACCUUUAAUAAUUGAGAGGAUAUGUGCAGUUGAGAAAAGUGCGCCCGCUGCGGUCGGGUGCAGAGUGGACCAGAGGAAAGGCGACACCCAUUUACAGGGCUGCCCCGGGCGGGGUCCCCCGGACGGAGUUCCCGGCGUGCCCCGCGCGGAGGGGACUCUUAACUUGAAGCGCCGGGUGACUCAGCCGCGUGGCCGCGCUGGCCCGGGCGGGGGGCGCGCGCCGCUGCGGCACAGCCGGUCCCGGCGGCGGCUUCUGGCUGCGCGGCCUGCGCGCGCCUCCCAGGCGGAUUCCGGCCCCGAGCGCGACGGCGCGGCAGGGAGCGACGAGUAAGUGGCGGCGCAGGACGGUUUCGGGCGCGAAGACCCGGCAGGGCGAGUGUGGCGGCAGGAUUUCUCUCCGAUCAAACGGACAGUUCUGGACUCAAGAGUCUGAGGAUGAAUGUUCACCGUGGCAGUGACAGUGACAGGUUAUUGCGGCAGGAGGCCAGCUGCUUAGUGGAUGAUACCUCAGCUGCAGCCCAGGAAAAAGAAGCGAACAGCCUCCCUUCAUUUGGUCCUCAUAAUCUUACUUACCCUCUAGGUCCCAGGAAUGAAGACCUCUCACUUGACUAUGCCUCUCAGCCAGCGAAUCUUCAGUUCCCUCACAUAAUGCCCCUUGCAGAAGACAUCAAAGGUUCUUGCUUCCAAAGUGGGAAUAAACGGAACCAUGAACCUUUUAUUGCUCCAGAAAGAUUUGGAAACAGUAGUGUGGGCUUUGGCAGUAAUUCGCAUUCCCAAGCACCAGAGAAAGUGACGCUUCUUGUAGAUGGCACACGUUUUGUUGUGAAUCCACAGAUUUUCACUGCUCAUCCGGAUACCAUGUUGGGAAGGAUGUUUGGACCAGGAAGAGAGUACAACUUCACUCGGCCCAAUGAGAAGGGAGAGUAUGAGAUUGCCGAAGGCAUCAGUGCAACUGUAUUUCGCACAGUGUUGGAUUAUUACAAAACCGGUAUCAUCAAUUGUCCUGAUGGCAUCUCAAUCCCAGAUCUUAGAGAUACAUGUGAUUAUCUCUGCAUUAACUUUGACUUCAACACUAUCCGAUGUCAAGAUCUAAGUGCUUUACUGCAUGAACUGUCUAAUGACGGUGCUCAUAAGCAGUUUGACCACUACCUCGAAGAGCUGAUCUUGCCCAUCAUGGUGGGCUGUGCCAAGAAAGGAGAGCGAGAGUGUCACAUUGUUGUGCUGACGGAUGAGGAUUCUGUGGACUGGGAUGAAGACCACCCUCCACCAAUGGGGGAGGAAUAUUCCCAAAUUCUUUAUAGCUCCAAGCUCUACAGAUUCUUCAAAUAUAUUGAGAAUCGGGAUGUUGCAAAAACAGUGUUAAAGGAACGGGGCCUGAAAAACAUUCGCAUUGGAAUUGAAGGUUACCCUACCUGUAAAGAAAAAAUUAAGAGAAGACCUGGCGGCCGGUCUGAAGUCAUCUAUAAUUAUGUGCAACGCCCCUUCAUCCAGAUGUCGUGGGAAAAAGAAGAAGGAAAGAGUCGCCAUGUGGAUUUUCAGUGUGUUCGAAGCAAAUCCCUCACGAAUCUGGUAGCUGCUGGAGAAGAUGUCUUGGAGGACCAGGAGAUAUUAAUGCAUCACCCACCACAAGUGGAUGAACUUGACCGGCUAAAUGCCCCACUUUCUCAGAUGGCUUCUAAUGACUUUCAGGAUUAGGGCCAGCUGUGGGUCUACCCCUUGUCAGACCCCAUCUCACCCGAGAUACCUGCAGCCAGCCCUCCCUCAUGAUUUGUCUCACCCUGAGUAGAAGACAUGCUUCUCCGCUAUCCUUUUCCUUUCUCCCAUGAUUAACAUGUGUCCUUUUCAGUAAGUCUGUGCCUCUGGCAGGGGAUGAAGUACUCACUGGUGAAUUAGCCACCAUCUUUGCAGAAGCCCUGGUAACUUGAAAAAUUUGGGUCUGGUGCUGUUCACUGAGUCUUUGUGUAACUGCAAAAGCAGGAAAGGAAUUCAAGACUCCUGUUGCCUCGUGUUUAGCAAAGCAGUCCUCAUCCUUUUUAGUCUGUUCUUGGGUUUUUUUGUUUUAUACCAGGCAAAUUGCUUAGUAGCAAAGGGACCAAACUUAAAAGGUGACAAUCCCUAACUUCUAAAAGCAGGCACCAGAUGCUCAUUAGAGGUUAAUCAAGAUGCCAUUCUUGGAGGCCUCUGCACCCAAAUUGCAUCUGGAAAGAACUAUAGGCUCCCAUUCAGAAUGUCCAAAAGGAAAUUCUCAAGAGCUUAAAUUCAGAUUUCUCAUUAAUGCAAUGAAAAAUUCAAAACCACACAGAUUCUUUGGCAGGAAGGAUAAUGGAAUAACAAUGUUGAGGAGACCUUUUUAGCUUCAAGGUUUUGGAAUCUAAACAAUUUGAUGAUUCAUUUGGAAUGAAACAACUCAAGUAGAAGAACCUCUCCAAAUCAGGCCAAUUGGAUUAUCCUGGCUUGGAAUCUGUUGUGAAACCACAGAUCUUGACACUCUGGGGCAGCACAUUGCUGUGGAUGUGGCUAGGAGACCUUAGAAUGGCUUAAAGGCUUUCAAGAUGACAGCAGAAAUGUCUCAGAAGUGCCCAGUUUCUCAAUAGAAAGACUUAAGAGUUCCAGCCGGGGGUGUCUGGAGUAAAGCUGGGUGGGAACCAUCAUCUGCACAGUCCCUGUCCUGGUGCAGGAUUUUCCUCUGCGUGUUUUCUUUUCAUAUCAUGGGAUUUUUGGAUAUCUGUGUAUUUUGGUUUUUGAAAUAGCCUAAUAGCUGCUCACACACUGGGUAAGAAAAUUAUACCAAUGUCAUCCCCAAGCGAAGAGUGAGUUGAAGGGAAAUUGAGCCCAGUCAUUUUAUGUGAUCUGUCAGCUCUGUUAUCAGUGCGUUCUCACCCAGAUCACCCUCCCCAGUCCCCACAGUGCUGAACCACCUUCCUCUUCUCCAUGGCUAUUAAUAGUAUGGUUACAUUUAGAGUCCAGACCCAAAUACAAAUAUUUUGGGAUUAUCCCACAGUUUGUGAUAGAAGCUGACUGGAAUACAGGUUGAGUAUCUCUUAUCCAAAAUGCUUGGGACCAGAAAUGUUUCAGGUUUCAGGUAUUUUUCAGAUUUUUGAAUAUUUGCAGAAUACUUAACAGCUGAACACCCCAAAUCUGAAAAGCUUUUGAACAUCAUGUUGACACUCAAAAAACUGGAUUUUGGAGCAUUUCAGAUUUCAAAUUUUUGAAUUUGGGAUGCUUACCCUGUGUGAGAGGCUACUUGAUUCCAUUUAAUGACUGUCCCAGUUAUAAUCAUCCAAAGAUAAAAGCCGGGUAGAUGUUGAAAGCUCUUUCCAGGAUUGAAGAAGAGCGUUCUUAUGUCUCUUACGUGAUUAGCAUCACAGUAGGAAUAAAUGCUCUGUUCUUCACUAGGAAGUUGAGCGAUCCCCCACAUGACAACCAUUGGCAUCCAUUUGCAAGGCUGAUGGCCUGGAUUAAGGGUUAGGAUUAUUUGUAGCUAGAAGGUAGUUUUAUUUCCGUGAAACUAGUUGGUUCAUAUUUGAGGUCAGGUUUGGCCCUGACCUUACCAGUACCACAUUUAUACCCACUACCAGUUGACUAGCCCAGAUAAUUGUUAAAUGGUGCUUCCUUUCUGCUUCUCAGAAGACUUCCAUGCCGUUACAAAGGAAAUUUGAAUUACCUAGUGUUUGUAUAUUCCA